UAUUCACUUUUACAAUCUACAAUAGUUAAUAGUUUUAUCUUGAAAGUAUAAAUGUAAUAAAUACAUAUAAUGUAUUUUUGAAAAUAAAAAUCAAAUAUAUUUGGGAUUAACGGUUACCUCUUUUAAUGUAUAUUCUAUCUCAUUUUUGUGUAGUAAAGUGUUAACAUCACAAUUCUAAUAAAGUUAAAAUAGAAAUCCUAAAGUACGUACAGAAGUGUUUAUUUUAUUUAAGUGCAAAGGGGAGCAAUAAGUUUAAGUUAUUCAGUGCCUUAUCAAUAAAAUGUUUCUUCAGUGUGAGUUUUUGCAGUUAGUUAACGUUCGUUAAUACUUAUUUAACGUUUUUGUGCGAUUGGAAUACAAUAUCAUAAUACAGUUGCAACAGAAUGGAAGAUGUGAAGACAGGGAACCUCCUCGACGACAUGCCACCCAUAAGCUGUGAUGUGAUGCUGGACAGCGUCUACGGCAGUAGCAAAGACAUCGGCGACACCACAUUUUGCCUCGGGAGCUAUAUACCAGACUUCAUGAGGAUGUUAUUCACAAUGCGGUCCCACCACAUGCUCACCGACGUUGUACUGGAAGUGGGCAACGAGCUGUUUUACGUUCACAAAGUCGUCUUAGCCGCGGGGAGCCCCUACUUCAAGGCCAUGUUUACGACUGGCUUGAAGGAGUGCGAGAUGUCCCGAGUGAAACUGCAGGGUGUGUGCCCUUCAGCAAUGGCGUGGCUGGUCUACUUCUUGUACACGGGGAAGGUGCGCAUCACCGAAGUCACCGUGUGCCAGUUGCUACCAGCUGCCACCAUGUUCCAGAUUUCGAAUGUGAUAGACGCUUGCUGUGCGUUCCUGGAGCGGCAGCUGGAUCCCUCCAACGCAAUCGGCAUCGCUAACUUUGCAGAGCAGCACGGCUGUGUGGACCUGAAGCAUAAAGCCAACCAAUUCAUUGAGAGGAACUUCACUCAGGUUUGCAAAGAGGAGGAGUUCCUGCAACUCACUGCGCCGGAACUAAUAUGUCUCAUUCGGAAGGACGAACUGAAUGUACGAGAGGAGAGAGAGGUCUACAAUGCUGUGUUAAGUUGGGUGAAUACAAUUCAUAAGUUUACAUUUUAG